AGGCGGGGAGUGCAGUGCCCUCGGCGGCCGGAAUCGGGGCUUCUCGUUGGGCCCGAGCGGCAGCUACGGGGGCAGUGAAGGCAGAGAGGCGUCUGGUCUUGCUGGCUCAGCGAGCCUGAUGAGCAUGAAGCUGCUGUGUUUGGUGGCUGUGGUGGGGUGCUUGCUGGUGCCCCCAGCCCAAGCCAACAAGGUGAGGGAGAGCUCCGAAGAUAUCCGGUGCAAAUGCAUCUGCCCCCCUUAUAGAAACAUCAGUGGGCACAUUUACAACCAGAAUGUGUCUCAGAAGGACUGCAACUGCCUGCAUGUGGUGGAGCCCAUGCCGGUGCCUGGCCACGAUGUGGAAGCCUACUGCCUGCUUUGCGAGUGCAGGUACGAAGAACGGAGCACCACCACCAUCAAGGUCAUCAUCGUCAUCUACCUGUCUGUGGUAGGCGCCCUCUUACUCUACAUGGCCUUCCUGAUGCUGGUGGACCCCUUGAUUCGAAAGCCGGAUGCUUAUACUGAGCAGCUGCACAAUGAAGAGGAAAACGAGGAUGCGCGCUCCGUGGCAGCAGGAGCUACGUCCAUUGGAGGAGCCCGAGCAAACACUGUCCUGGAGCGAGUGGAAGGCGCCCAGCAGCGAUGGAAGCUGCAGGUGCAGGAGCAGAGGAAGACGGUCUUCGAUCGACACAAGAUGCUCAGUUAGAUGGCCGGCAUGGUUGCAUCAGGACCCAGCCCAUGGCUGCCAGCUCCUGGGCUGGACGGAGCCAGCGGCCAGUUCCCUUCCCUCAAUGGAGUCUUCCCUUCCAAAGCCCGUGGCAUUUAUCCUCCUCCUCCCUCUCUGGAAGUGUACUCGACUGUUAUAACUAGGGAGUAUGGUUGGGUCGCUGGUCUCUAGCAUCUCUGUAGGUCUUUGGGGUAGAGGGGAGGGGAGGCAAGGCAGAAGGGAACAGAGACAUUUGCGGUGGCCACAAGACUGGGUGGAAUUCGUUCCUCCUUAUUCCAUCUUCUCCGCUCCUCCCAGCUCCGAAUCUUGGGGGAUCUUUCUGCCCUUGGGGAGAUGGAGCUGUGUCAUCUGUGGGUACCCAGCACUGAGCCUGUGCUCCAGGAUGCUUUCCACAUCCUCCAGUGCUAACUUAGCUCCCACUUGGCCUGGCCCCAGCCUCAGGAACUGUUCUGGUGCCACUGAGCCCAUGGCGGCCUCCAGAACCCACCUGGAAGCCUCCUCCCCCUCUCCUCGGCUCCUGGUCCACCAAUGCAUGGCAGUGCCCGGUAUGCCAGCAUACUCAGCGGCUGUCACCUCACUCCCAUCUCAGCCAUGCAGCCUCCCAUCUCUCCCCAGUGACUGCACCUGCUGAGCCAUAAAGUUGGACCAUCCAGGGAGCUGAGCAGCAGAGGACUUGAAUACCAUGACUCCUGUUCGCCAAGGAUGGCCACUUGUCCCUGAAUUUCAUUGUACCAUGCAUGGAGAGAAAUGUUUGUCUUUCUGUUGUCUGUAAAUCAAGGAAGCCAUUAAAUUGUUUUAUUUCUCAAA